UUUACAUUCCAUCGAGAAAGAUACUCAAACAAAAACUGUUUUAAAAUUAACGCGAUAAAUUUAAAAGAACAAAAAAACGCGAAGUUUUCCACGGAUUUUUCUAUUUAAUUCGGCUCAGCCAAAUGAUGCAGAUUGAAAUCAAGUUUUUUCAAAAAGAUGGUUUGAACAAAUUUAUAUUUAUAAGAAAAAACUUGUGAUAGGUAAAUGGGGAAAUUCACGUGUUCAAGGUCAUGCGGGGUACUUUAAACUGUUUAUUGACAAUUUGUUUGCUUGUUCAUUUAGGAUUUUCUAAUGAGAUUACAAAAGAAAAACUAAAAGACUUACUUACCCCUUUAGAAUGGUCAUCUUUAUUACAAAAUUCAGGUCAAAAUUACUACAUAAUAUACCCGUCAAUUCACGUUUACGACGAUAAUUUAAUAUCGCCAGAAAACAAAAGCAAUAAAGUUCAAUCGAAAUUUCAUCGAAUCCAAAUCGAAUCGAGAGAUCUAGGAAAAAAAUUCGAUAUCGAUUUAAAACUGAGAAAUAAUAACCUGAUGACAGAAGAUGUUUUAUUUUUAGAAACAUUCGCUAAUAGAUCUCGUCGUUUAGACGUGGAUGAAAACGACAAAAAUUGUUAUUUUAGAAACGAGAACGCAGCUCUGAGUUUGUGUCAAGGAAUUCGAGGAAUUUUAUACAGCAACGAAAAAGAAUAUUUUCUAAUACACCCGUUGCCAGAUAGAUUCCACAAUGAAACGAAGAAUCCUCAUCUUUUAAUUAAAAAAACUCCUACAACUUCACAAGUACCAGAUCAGUCUUGCGUCCACGGUAACUUGACACAAACUAAUUUGAACAUAACCAAAGAUUUUAGUAAGAUUAAUAAAAAUGUAUCGGUACAAAAACAAUCGUUUUCAUCGAAAAAUGGUAAAGAAAACGGUAAAGUUAGAAAAAAGAGAGAUGUUUUUCCUGACGGAGCCCCAGCUUUCGUAGAAACAGCCGUUUUUGUCGACAGAGACCUAUUUGAACAUAUGAAAUCAAACUUUCCCCAUGAAACCGAAAGAGAAGUUAUUAGAUUUGUACUUGCAAUGAUCAACGCUGUACAGUUAUUGUAUCACGACCCUAGUUUAGGACGACCGGUAAAUUUCGUUUUAAAACGUUUAGAAAUUUUAAAAGAAGACGUACCCGGUCUAAUCAGACCACCGGAUAUCGACAGAUUCCUUUCGAAUUUCUGCAAUUGGCAGAGAACCAAAAAUCCAGCAGGCGACAGCCAACCGUUGCACUGGGAUCACGCCCUUAUUUUAACCGGACUGGAUCUAUACGUUCGAGGAAAACAUGGAAAGAUAUCCAAUCAAGUAGUCGGCUUGGCUCCGGUUGCUGGGAUGUGUACAGCCACCAGUAGCUGUACAGUAAACGAAGGGAGACAUUUCGAGAGCGUUUAUGUUGUAGCGCACGAAAUUGGACAUAAUUUGGGAAUGAGGCACGACGGUCCUCUGGCCGAGAACGAUUGCGAUCCUAGUACUUAUAUAAUGUCUCCUACAUUGGGAAGUGGUAAAAUCACGUGGUCCGCCUGCAGCAGACGAUAUUUGCAAAAAUUUUUGGAUACUCCACAAUCCAGAUGUCUAUUGGAUCAUAGUAGUUCAGCCGGUAAACUUGAUCAUAGUGCGGAAGGGGCGCUUCCUGGGGAAAGAUUCGAUGCGAAUCAUCAAUGUAUGCUGAAAUACGGCAAAGGAAGUAGACAUUCCGGUCAACAACCCCUGAACGACGUUUGCAGAGAUUUACAUUGCGAAAGGGAAAGAUACACGUGGACGUCACAUCCGGCACUCGAAGGCACCGUAUGCGGCGACAACAUGUGGUGCAGAGGCGGAAAAUGCGUCCUCAAAGGACUGAUUUUAUCCUCGGCGUACACGUCGGCCACGAGGCUGGGCCAAGCGAACGGGGGAUGGAGCAAAUGGAAACGAUCCGGCGAUUGCGCUUCCGGUUGUCUAUUCGGCGAGGAAGGCAGACUCAGAUCGGGUAGUACCGGCAUCAUGGUAUCCGAAAGGGUUUGCAACAACCCCAGACCGCAAGGAUCGGGAACCGACUGCGAGGGUCCAUCGCAACGUCACUCAACUUGCAUAGCCGAACAAUGUUCGAACGUACCGAGGUUAACGAUCAAGGAAUUCGCCGAUAAAAUUUGUACUCGCGCUAAGGAAGUCGACGGCGAUUUAACGGGAUCGGGAAUGCAAAAAAUCAGUUCGGACGCCGAAGAAGCGUGCCUUGUUUGGUGUGAAAAACGUAACGGAAGCACCAGAAGUCGCGGAUGGACGUUUCCGGACGGUACUACUUGCCAAAUAAGAAGAAACCGAUACGGGAAAUCGAAUUAUUGCAUCAAAGGUAGAUGCGAAGAAUUCGUUUGCGAUCCUUUGGAGGAAGCGGCUUUCGCGCAAUCUCCGGAUUUUUGUCCGAACGAUAGAUUCGAUAAUGAUUUGAGUUGGAGGACGGGUUUGAGGGGACGAGAAGGUGCUGUUAGAUGGAAAAGUGCCAGCGGUUGUCAUUAUAAUUGUAUAUCGCCCGGUUCGGGGAUACGAUUAGUCAAAAAUAAAAAGUACAACAGGUCCAGUAUUCAGUUAUGUCGACCGGAUAAAUUUGGGUGUAGUAGGGUGAAAACACCCUAUCAACACGCUUCAAUGAUAUGUUCUAAAUACAAAGAAAAAGUGAGAAGACUUUCGGGUCUUGGUAUGCAAAUAUCACCGGCAGUUGAGGAUCCUGAUAGAUCGUGUCGAGUAGCUUGCCAAGACGAUUUCAUUUCCCACAGAUUUUAUUUAGUCAACGGUGAAGACGGUUGGUUCCCAUUCGGUACGGAUUGUUCUAAAGGUAUGGCCGCUACCAAAAAGGCGUAUUGUGUCAGCGGAAAGUGCCUCGAAUUCGGUACCGAUGACACGCCGCUUUCGGAAAGCGAAUUUACUCUAGCUCUACUUUCUAGACCGAAGAGAUCUUUGUAUAAUAAUACCUCCACGAAGAUCAGCAUGAAACUGAAUCAGACGCAGCUCGAUGAUAUUAUAAAAGACUUACACAGAAUUCUAUCAGGUAAUUUUAGCUCAAAUGAAUUUAAUAUAGAUUUAAACAAUCCAGUUCAUGUAAAUAUGCUUGAAGAUAAAAAUAUGCCUCAAAGUCAUGUCCAGUUGUCAACCAGUGAUGAAUAUGUAAAUUUAGCUUAAAUGCCAGCUCCUAUUUUGUGAUUUAUUUUAGAUAAAUUGGUAGUUGGAUAGUUUUUUUUUUAAUAAAAUUUUAUAUGCUCAUGCAA